AACUUCAAUUGGGAGGAGAACGCAAAGAGUGUCCCCGGACUCUUGGAGCGUGUCGACGCCCCCAUCAGCCCCGCCAUCAAAAGCCGGCGGAGUUCUGCCGUCCCCAGCCUAUCUUCAACACCGCCCUCAUCUCCCCAGCAUUCCAGUCCGCCCCAGUGUAACCGCUGCGGGCCUAACUCAAUCCUCCAUACCUCAGAUCAGUGCCCUGGGCGUCCGUCCAGAGCGUUUCGCAGCAGCCUGAAGGUCAACAUCAGCACCAGCUCUGACCGGGACCGUCGUGAGCCCACUCCGGAGCAACAGUUGGCAGCCCAGGCUGACGACAUCGACCAAGCCCGGCUGCAACACGCUGUCACGCGGGCGGAUACCCUGUUUGCCCAACACGUAGCUUUGGACGGUACCAAGGCCGUUGAGCGUCACCGCUUGGCAGCCCGGAAGACCGGCCUUCAACAUCGCUACGUCACCACCAAACAACACGGGGUGUACGAAGCCAUCAGGGAAAUCCCGGACAUCCGCCCCUCCAAGCCACGGCGUCAGCGACGGAGCGGCCAACACAUCGUCCCCGUCAACAACUCACACCGCCGUCCUGUCAACCGGGUCCCCAAACCUGCCCCUGCCCCAGUGGUCCACAACGCCACCUGGCGCAAGCAGCACCGCGCCGACACUCCCAGGCCCCCAGGCUUUGGAGCCAACCGACGUGUGCACUUUGCCCCCGCAGCAAGGUUGCAUCAGGGCCCGGCGUACAAGAACAUGUCUGUCUUCACCCGACUGGACAACAACCCGGCGUACAGAGGCCACUACCAACUGGCCCCCUAUCGCCCACCGCAGCUGUUUCCCAAGUACGCCCCGCACGGGCCCAGCCGUACCAGCAUCAUCACCAGAAGCCGCCCAAGGGCCUUCCCUGGAAGACAACUUAGACCUACAACUACUACGAGCCCCUACUUUAGGGAUAAGGACCGAAGGGCCGCGGCCACCCUUUAUCCAGUGGGGGAACCGCCAACAAAGAAGCGUACGAGGGGCAGUUCACCAUUUGUCUUAACCACAAGGGCUGCGGAGGCAGCCACUUCCCUUCUCAGCUUGACCGCAGAGUCAGCAGUCACCCCCUGCCACCAGCACAUCAUUUCGCCGCAACGUCCACGCACCAUGGCGCCAAACCUUCGGCCCAGGAAUCAGGAGGAGCGGGGAAAGGGGGGGAUCGCUGCAGAGACAUCUGGCGCGGCGCAGAGGCGUGCGCAGGACAAGGAGCAGGACGAUGCAGCAGGUGGGCAGUCUGUAGAAUUGCCUUUUGAGGAAGCCCAGAAUCAGGAAACGCAGGAAAAACAAAAUCCAAACGAGCCCAGUGGGUCGCAGCCGCCGCCCACCAAGGAUGUCAUUGACGUUUCUGAGCAAGAAGAACUUAGCAUUCCCUCGGGAAUAGUGGCAGGAAUGAAUGCCCAAGACAAUGCCAUGUCUUCAGAAUCGUCAAAAUCAGAGGGCUCAGAGGCAUGCUCAGGGACAGAAUCAGAGUCAUCCGUAGAAGAAAGUCUUUCUAGCAGCUCGGGAGACGCGUACGUUCCCUCGGAAACGGAGGGAACAGACAGCGAGGACCUGACCGAACUGGAAGAGGAAGAGUGGGAUGACCUUUUCCCCAUCUUCCCCUAUGCAGAGAACCCGCCCCCCUGCACAGAAGACACUCAGGUCCUGCGGGACGGGCCGCCUCAACUCCAUGCAGCUGCCGCGCCAGGCAGCCCCGGGCAAGGACCGCCUCAUCCCCUUCCACAAGACCCACGUCAUCACCAGCGAUGA